AUGAUCCGGUUCUCUGCGCUCUUCCGCCUCCCGUCCAAGGUGAAGCGCCGCGCCCGGCGAAACAGGAUGGCGACCCUCUUCUACCUCUUCCUGCUGUGCGUGCUGCUCCUCGCGCCAUUCUACGCCAUCUACCGCCCGCCCCGCCUCCUCAUCCGCUACUUCCAGCACCGCUGGCCCGACGUCCUGUGGGAGGUGUCAACACUGCCGCGCGACGGCGACGGGGGCAAGGUGAUCGCGCUGACGAUCGACGACGCGCCGUCCGAGUACACGCGGGAGAUCGUGCAGCUGCUGCGGGACAACGACGCGCACGCGACCAUGUUCGUUAUCGGCGGGCAGGUCGAGGGCCGCGAGGAGGUCCUGCGCGAGGUCGUGGCCGCCGGCAACGAGCUGGGCAACCACGCCAUGCACGACGAGGCCGCGCGCGCCCUCGACCUCGGCACCCUCGAGGACCAGAUCGACAAGGUCCAGGGCCUGAUCCGCCAGGCCUACGCCGACGCCGGCGUCGCCGCCGGGGCCCCCAAGCACCAGUACUUCCGCCCCGGCAGCGGCCUGUUCAGCACCGACAUGCGCGCCAUGGUCUCGCGCCUGGGCUACCGCCUCGUGCUGGGGAGCAUAUACCCCCACGACCCGCAGAUCCCCCACUGGCGGCUGAACGCCUGGCAUAUAUUGAGCAUGGCGCGCAACGGAGGGAUUAUCGUAUGCCAUGAUCGGAGGAGCUGGACGAUACCCAUGUUGAGGCAGGUGCUGCCCGAGCUGAGGCGGAGGGGGUACCGGAUUGUCACCGUCUCGGAGUUGCUGGAGGCGGCCAGCGAAUGA